AUGGUACUUAAUUCAAAGAGAGGUAUGGACACCGGAAAUCAUUCAUCAGUAACUGCAUUUGUCCUUGAGGCAUUAACAAACCACCCUGGGCUCCAGCUUCCGCUCUUCUUCCUGUUCCUACUGAUCUAUGUAGUCUCCAUUAUGGGAAACUUGGGUCUUCUCUUUUUAAUCAGGGUCAGCAAUCAGCUUCACACUCCUAUGUAUUAUUUGCUCAGUCACUUAUCUUUCAUUGAUCUCUGCUACUCCUCUGUAAUAAUCCCCAAGAUGUUGGAGAGCUUUGUGUUAGAGAAGAACCCUACAUCCUUUCUGGAGUGCAUGGCUCAACUCUUUUUGUUCUGCUUCUUCGGUAUUGAUGACUCUUAUAUGCUGACAGCCAUGGCAUAUGAUCGCUAUGUUGCUAUCUGCAAUCCCUUGCUCUACCAUGUCACCAUGUCCCACAGAGUCUGUUUGCUGCUAGUCACUGGUGUGUAUGCAGUGGGAGUUUUGGGGGCAUUCAUUCAUACCAGCUACAUAUCCACUCGCUCCUUCUGCGGAACUGUCAUCCACCAUUACUUCUGCGACAUUCUUCCUCUUCUGAAUAUAUCUUGUUUGAGGGACUACACCAAGGAGAUUUUUGUUAUGAUUGUGGUUGGAUUUAAUGUGUUUGCUUGUGCGAUAGCCAUAUUCAUCUCUUAUAUCUUCAUCCUUUCCAGCAUUCUGCAUAUACGCUCAGCUGGUGGCAGGUCCAAAGCCUUCAGUACCUGCAGCUCCCAUCUUGCAGCUGUUGGGGUUUUCUAUGGUUCCAUCACCUUCAUGUAUUUUAAACCAUCCACCAAUGACACAACCCAGGAGAAGGUGGCUUCUGUGUUUUAUACCACAGUGAUUCCCAUGCUUAACCCCCUGAUCUAUAGCCUUAGAAACAAGGAAGUCAAAGAAGCCCUAAAAAUAGCUCUGAAUGGUAGAAUACUCUCCAGGCCUGCAUAG